AUGGACUCGAUACCCACUGAACCACGCCCAAUUAAAAAGUUAGACAAAACCCUUAUAAACAGAAUAGCAGCUGGAGAGAUUAUCCAUAGACCUGCGUCAGCGCUCAAGGAACUCAUCGAGAAUAGCUUGGACGCUGGGUCCACGAGUAUCAAAGUCACCGUCAAAGAUGGCGGACUAAAGCUUUUGCAGAUUCAGGAUAAUGGAUGUGGUAUUCGGAAAUCAGAUCUGCCUAUAUUGGCAGAGCGAUUUACCACGUCGAAGCUCUCUUCCUUCUCCGACUUGCAGAAGAUUGCGACUUACGGGUUUCGUGGAGAGGCUUUAGCCUCUAUCUCGCAUGUUGCACGACUGUCAGUUGUGACCAAGACGAAGAAGGAGAGCUGUGCAUGGAAGGCACAUUACCUCGACGGCGCCCUUGUGAGCAGCAAACCUGGUCGACCAGCUGAACCAGAACCCUGUGCAGGGAAUGAUGGUACAACUAUCAUCGUUGAGAACUUGUUCUACAACACCCCUACCCGACUAUCCGCUCUUCGAAACAAUUCCGAAGAGUACGCCCGAAUAUUGGACGUCAUGACAAAGUAUGCAAUACACAAUCCCAAGGUGUCCUUUAUGUGCAAAAAGAGUGGAUCUGGUUCCCCAGAAUUGUCAACGCCACCAAACUCAGAUACACCCCAAUCUAUUAGGCUUCUGUACGGGCAUAGUAUUGCAAAGGAGCUCCUGCACACUGAAGUCGGUUCUUCUGGAGGUGACGACGACAUGGAUGUCGACGAAGCCGACGUCAGAAAGCCAAAGGAUGAGAUAGAGGGCGAUUGGAGUGCCGAAGUAUACUUCACCAAUCCGAAUUACCAAGCAAAGAAAUUCAAUUUCUUGCUGUUUAUUAACCAUCGCAUGGUCGAGUCACCUAGGAUGAAACGGGCACUUGAAGCUGCCUACCAUUCUAUCCUCCCAAAGGGUGCUUCGCCGUUUGUUUAUCUCAGCUUGGAAAUAGACCCGAAGAAUGUCGAUGUCAACGUGCACCCUACUAAACGAGAAGUUCAUUUCCUCUACGAAGAAGAGAUCACGGACAGAAUUUGCUCGGCGGUACAGAAGACGCUAUCCGCAAAGGCUUCGUCAAGGAGCUUUGAAUACCAGACACUCUUGACCUCGCACAUAACUUCGACGACUAGCUCGAGUAAAGCCAAGGGGAAGUGGAAAGCUGUCGAUGACGACGAGGACGAGGAGAUGCAGGAUGUCCUUGAAGACGAUGGCGAGGAAGAAGUCUCGGCUGGGAAGAAGAGGCCACUGGAAGUUAUUGGCAAAACUCGAACAUAUUCACACCAUAAAGUCCGAACGUCGCUCACAGACCGGACACUGGACUCCAUGUUCCCUGUUGUCAAUCCUAAUCAGAAAACUUCGCAAUCCAAGGGUACCCUUACAGGAUCGACUUCAGAGGCGCCAAUAGAAUUGGAGAGUGAAGACGAGGGAGCGGAAAGGGGAGGGAUGAGUGAUGCGGGUGUGCAGUCGACAGCGACAGCGUCCACAAAGACGAGAGAUGUCCCUGAAUCGGUGUGCAUCCUCAGUUCUGUACAUGAGCUUAGGAGAGAAGUGGUGGAGGGAAAGCAUGAGCGUCUCACAGAGAUAGUCCAGAAGAGCGUCUUCGUGGGCAUUGUCGACCUCGAAAGAUGUCUAGCCUUGAUCCAACACUCGACAAGUUUGUAUCUCGUCAAUUAUGCUUCACUGGCGGAAGAAGCGUUUUACCAGCUCGCUCUGCGGCAGUUUGGUGAUUUCCCAAGACUGAGGUUGGAUCCCGCACCUUCGCUGAGGAGGUUGAUCGAGAUCGCGAUCGAGGUCGAAGAUACGAGUGAGAGUAGGCUAUCGAAGCCCAAGCUCGUGGAGAAAAUCACAAACCUCUUGAUGUCCAAACGCGAAAUGUUAACGGAAUACUUUGCGAUGGAUAUUACAGAAGAGGGUGACAUACAGAGUAUACCCCUGCUUUUGAGAGACUAUAUUCCGAACUUGGAUGGCCUGCCGGGGUUCUUGAUGAGGUUGGGACCACAGGUCGAGUGGAAUAAGGAGAAGGAAUGCUUCGAAUCGUUUUUGAGGGAGUUGGCGUAUUUCUAUACCCCGCUUACCUUUCCUGAGGACAUUCGGCUCGGGAGAGCGAAGGGUGACUCAGAGAUGGAUGGAACUCGAGCAGAGGAGGAAGACAAGGAACGCGAGAAGGCGGAGAGGUGGCAGAUAGAACAUGUGCUGUUCCCUGCCAUGAGGAAGUAUAUGAUUGCGCCCAAGUCAUUGUUGGACGGUGAUAUCGUUCAGGUUGCCAGUUUGCCUGAUUUGUACAAAGUGUUCGAGAGGUGUUAG